UGCUCGGGACGCCGCUGGCUCUCGGCGCUCUGCUCUCCACCCACCGCGCCCGCUCCGACGGCGGCGUGUCCCUCCCGCGCGUCCCGGAGAAGAGAUGGAGCAAGAGUCACAAAAUGGAGAACCUGCUGAAGUUGGAAUCAUCAAGGAAGCAUACAAGAAGGCCUUUAUGUUUGUUAAUAAAGGACUGAACACCGAUGAAUUGGGUCAGAAGGAAGAAGCAAAAAACUACUACAAGCAAGGAAUAGGACACUUGCUCAGAGGAAUUAGCAUUGUAUCCUCAGAGCCUGAGCACACAGGUCCUGCGUGGGAGUCGGCUAGACAGAUGCAACAGAAGAUGAAAGAAACACUGCAGCAUGUGCGCACCAGGCUGGAGAUUCUAGAGAAGGGCCUUGCCACUUCCCUGCGGCACGAUCUUCAGGAGGUGCCCAAGUUAUAUCCAGAAUUCCCACCCAAAGACACGGAUGAAAAGUUACCUGAACCUCAGUGCUUCGGUUCUCCACCUCAGCAUGCCGAGGUGCCCGGGAACGCUCCAGCUCUGAGUGCAGGGCCAGUGGCCGCAGCGCCUUCUCUCGUAGCCCCGUCACCAAGCUGUCCAGCAGAAGCCCCUCCCGCGUACACUCCACAGGCGGCCGAGGGCCACCGCACUGUGUCCUAUGGAACAGACUCGGGGGAGGUCUCCUCAGGUGGAGAAGACUUCUACAGGAGCCACACACAGCCACCUCCUCUUGAAACCUUAGGGCUAGAUGCAGAUGAGUUGAUUUUAAUACCAAAUGGAGUGCAGAUUUUUUUUGUAAAUCCUGCAGGAGAGGUUAGUGCACCUUCAUAUCCUGGGUACCUUCGAAUUGUGAGGUUCCUGGAUAGUUCUCUGGAUGCAGCUCUAAACCGACCUCCUGGGUUUCUUCAGGUGUGUGACUGGUUAUAUCCUCUAGUUCCUGACAGAUCUCCAGUUCUGAAGUGCACCGUGGGAGCCUAUAUGUUUCCUGACACUAUGUUACAAGCAGCAGGCUGCUUUGUGGGAGUGGUUUUAUCAUCUGAGCUACCAGAAGAUGAUAGAGAACUCUUUGAGGAUCUGUUAAGACAAAUGUCUGACCUUCGGCUCCAGGCCAAUUGGAAUAGGGCUGAAGGUGAAAAUGAGUUCCAAAUCCCUGGAGGCACAAAACACCCCUCUGGCUCCCAGAAGGAAGCUUCUGGAACUGAUGUGAGGCAGUUGGGUCCUGCGUUAGACCAAGGCACCAAGGAUGUGCAUCCUAAAGGAAAACGUGGGAAAAAGACUAAAGAUACUUCAAGUGAAGAAGUUAAUCUGAGUCAUAUGGUACCCUGUGAGCCAAUUUCAGAAGAAAAAGCUAAGGAAUUACCUGAAUGGAGUGCAAAGGUGGCUCACAACAUUUUGUCAGGUGCUUCCUGGGUGAGUUGGGGUUUAGUAAAAGGGGCUGAAUUCACUGGCAAAGCUAUCCAGAAAGGGGCUUCUAAACUCCGAGAACGGAUUCAACCAGAAGAAAAACCAGUGGAAGUCAGUCCGGCUGUCACCAGGGGACUUUAUAUUGCAAAGCAGGCUACAGGAGGAGCAGCGAAAGUCAGUCAGUUCUUAGUUGAUGGAGUCUGCAGUGUAGCAAACUGUGUUGGCAAAGAACUGGCUCCACAUGUCAGGAAGCACGGAAGCAAACUUGUUCCAGAGGCUCUGAAGAGAGACAAGGAUGGGAAGUCCACCCUGGACGGCGCCAUGGUGGUUGCAGCGAGCAGUGUUCAGGGAUUUUCAACUGUCUGGCAGGGAUUGGAAUGUGCAGCUAGAUGCAUUGUUAACAAUGUGUCAGCAGAAACUGUGCAGACUGUCAGAUACAAGUAUGGGCACAAUGCAGGAGAAGCGACCCACCAUGCCAUGGACUCUGCCAUCAACGUGGGUGUAACCGCCUACAACAUCGACAACAUUGGCAUCAAAGCCAUGGUGAAGAAAACAGCAAAGCAAGCAGGACACACAAUCCUUGAGGACUAUCAGAUCAUUGAUGGCUCUCAGAGAGAAAGUCAGGAAGGACCCGGAGCUGUGAGCAUGAGUGCAGAGAGGGAUCAGCAGGCAGAGAAAGAAGAGAAGAAAGGAGCAAAGAAGAAAGAUAAAUGAGAGCAGUGCUGGGAAUUAUUGAUACCAAAGCCUUACCUACCAGAUGGAAGAACGUUGUCAGAUAGGCAAAUGUAGACACCUCCAAAUUAAUCAGUAUUUUUUAAUGCAUUCAUUCCAACAAAGUGACUGUCAUAAAAUUGGGGGCAUAUAUUCCACUUAUAAGAAUCAGUAUUCUUGCAUCUGGCUUUUUACAAACAGGCAGUUAUAGUCUCAGUUUAUUUUUCCCUAAAUGUGGCUAAAAUAUUUUUGCACUAAAAAUAAAGCUUAUAAAAUGUGUACUAUACACCUAUUUAAGCCUAAUGUUAAACUGUUUUUAUAUCUUCUAGCUUUCAGAAAGCACAGUAGGGAAUUACAUAUACAUGAGGCUUCACAUUUAGUAUCCUUAGUUCUAUUUAUAUUGGAAAAGAAUGAUUUAAUAUUGUCUGUUUUGCACUAAUUGUGGAUCUUUUUGGAUGCCCAACAGAAUUUUCAGUAUAUAAGCUAAAAGAAACUAUUAUCCUGAACCUAAAUAAAAGGGAUAACAAUUUAUAAGACUUGUUCAAAACAGAGAAGAAACUCAUCAUGAUAAAUAAUGUUAGUUUUACUGUCUGUUAGGGAGUGGUCUUCCUAUUGAAACUGAAUACAAAUACAACUUUGAGUCUUUAGGGUUGAGACUAGGAAAUUUUGCAGUAUGAUUUGUAUUGUUAAGAUUUGAUAUUAAUAUUGUGAGCUUAAUCUGAGAGGAAACAUACUUUAAGAAAUCCUGUUUUUAUAUGUACUUUGGUAAUUUUUUUUUCAGAAACUAAAUUUCAAGAAAAAUAUAAAAUGUCAAAUUUAUUAAUGGUAAAUAUAUUGUCGUUUUGGGAUUCAGUCAUUAGAACUUAUACUAAAAAGAUACUAAGUUAUUUAAAAGGGAAGGUCCUAUUCAUGAUCAAGGUAAAGUAUGAAAACCUGGGGCUGGCAUGGUAGUUUUCACUUUGACAUAGUAGGAAACAUGAAUAUUUACUGAUUUUUUUAAAGCUACAGAUACAUAAAUUGAUACAUAAUGGUAUUUUUUUAAUUUUCAGUGAUUAGUAUUGGUUUUAUGGCUGUUAUCUAAUCAUUUUUGAACCUCUAGUAGCUGGUAUUUUAGAUUUAUUUGAAAUUGGCUAAUGGAUGUUCUUUUUGCAUUAAGAAGCCUCUGAAUUGCUUGCCUCAAAUGUACUCACUGGACUUGUAUUCCAGGAUGCAGAACCUGCAGCUUUUUUCUGAAGGCAAGGACCAUUAAUGUCCCAGUUGUGAGAGUGGAAAUAAAGUCGGGCUGGUAGAUGAA